AUGUCAUUUUACAACCGCAAUAAGACUCCAUGUAAGUAUUUUCAACAGGGUAAGUGUAAAAAGGGGAACAGUUGUAAUUUUGCUCAUGUUUUCACUAAUGAUAGUGGACGGCCCAAUUACGCUGGUCGGGCCGCGCAGGAUGACAGAUAUAGCACAUUCAUCAAUCCCUCAAAUCUCACCAAAUAUACACAAGAGAUCACAGAUGAUAUGAAUACCGUGCGAGAACUGCAGCUCAAUCCUCUGACAUCUUCUUAUGGUUUAGGCCAGCCUUGCUCUGCUAAUUUAAUUAGUGAAAGAGACUUAUCGCAGGAAGAAUCACGAUUUUUGUAUUAUCAGUCUCGUGAACAAAACAUGAUACCUUCCUAUGAGACUCAAAUGGCCGCGCGCUCUAAUGACAUACAGAAAUGUGUGAGCUUCAUUAAAAAUGACCCAAGAAAGGCAGCUCGCUAUUUACAAUUGGCUACUCAAAAAAAGAAGGAGACAGGGGACUCCCAAAAAAUGAAACCCUUCAUCGAGUUUCCACUCGAUUUAUCUGGUCAAUCUUAUCACCAUAGUUCCAAUAACGUUAACCUUUUUGGUACUAUGUCAGGCUCUUCAGAGACACCGUUUGGCUCUGCGCCUUCGGGAAACUCUUCAUUUUUUGGCAAGAAAAUCGAAAAUCAAUUCAAUGGUUCGUCAAACACAACACAGUCAGGUCAAACUCCCAUGGCAAACGGGGCUGCAUUUGGUAGCAGUGCCUUUGGAAAGCCAUCAUUUGGUGUUACUGGAGCACCUCCGUCUACUGGUGGCGUAUUUGGCCAGCCAAGUUUCGGCAGCAGCUCUAACACUGGUGUUGGGUUUGGGAACGUAUCCAACACAGGAAGUGUAUUUGGUGCGCCAAAAUUUGGAAGUGGAUCGGCUACUACAGGUGUAUUUGGAAAUACGAGCUUUGGAGCAAGCCCAUUUGGGAAACCAUUUUCAAAUGACGUUAGCAGCAGCCAGACAGCAUUUGGUAACCCAUCAAAUCCAUCAUCUUUCGGAUCUUCGGCAUCUUCCAAAACCUCAACCUUGCCUUUCGGUAACAUAGCACAGCAAUCUAGUGCGAAUCCAUCACCAUUUGCAUCUUUGCAAACAGGGGCAGGGAAACCUAAUUCAUUAGGCCUAGCGGCGGGAGCCUCAGGGCUCGGAGCGAACACAUCAGUAACUCCAUUUGGAUCAAACCCAAAAAAUAGUGGAGCUACCUUUGGUUCAGCUUUUGGAACCUCAAAUACACAUUCACAACCCUCCUCUGGAGGCUCGGCGUUCGGUGUACCGUCAUUCGGUAAGUCUUCGGGACAAAAUCCUUUCGGCACCUCAUCCAAUUCUCCAUCACCCUUUGCAUCGCUAGCUGGAAGCCAAGCUAGCGAGACCUCGGCAUUUGGUGCACCACAGUUACCUCCCAAUUCAACCGCCAUUAAUAGUGCAGCACCAACCACUUUUGCUCCAUUUGGUACACAAAAUUCUGUCUCAUCUACCUCUUCAUUUAAAGCCAAAUCGCCUGCCAUCGUUGGUGGGGCACCGGCAUCCCAGGCGUCUUAUCCAAUUGGACAACGUUUACCGAUGAGUGACUAUGUUAGAAUAGAGGAUCUUCCGGAAGAUAUUUUAUCCGCUUUUAAAGCGGAUAAAUUUUCACUAGGUAGUGUACCAGAAGUCUUGCCACCGGCUGAAUUAACUGCAUAG